CAUGCCAUGGCAGCGCCGGCCAGCGACAGCGGCAGCGGCCACGGCGGGGGAGGCGAGCGGAGCCCCAGAAGCAGCAGCAGCAGCAGCAGCAGCAGCCCCGGGAGCGCCACUGGAAGCGGGGUCGCGGCGACGGGGACAGCGGCGGCGGCCUCUGGGGGAGCAGCCCGGGGCGCGGCGGUGACGGUGUCCGUCCUCCCUCCGCUGGAGGACUACGAGUGUAAAAUCUGCUACAACUACUUCGACGCGGACCGCCGCGCGCCCAAGCUGCUGGCUUGCCUGCACACCUUCUGCCAGGAGUGCCUGAGCCAGCUGCAGCUCCGCGCCGCCGCCGCCGCCGCCGCCGCCGCCGUCGCCUCCUCCACGGAGCGAGCGCUGCGCCCCGCGCCUUGGCACGGGCCGCCCGGAGCCAUCGCGUGCCCCGUGUGCCGCCACCGCACGCCGCUGCCCGACAGCCGCGUGCAGGGCCUGCCCAGCAACACCAAGCUCGCCGAGGCCUUCCCGCUCGCUUUGCGCGCCGCGCACGACCCGCUACCCCAGGACCGCCUCCCGCCGCUCCCCGCGCGCCUCCCCGCGCCCGCCAGCUCGGCCACCGGCACCCCGGCGCCCGCAGCAUCCUCCAGCGCCGCCGCCGCCUCCCAGCUGCCCGCCGAGGACGCCGCCCGCGAGCCACGCGCCCGGCCGAGCUGGCGGCGCGCUCCGGGCGCCUACGAGAGCUGCCAGAACUGCAAGCGAGCGGCGCUCACCGCGGGCUGCGUGUGCGUGGUCUUCUCCUUCCUCUCCAUGGUGGUGUUGCUCUUCACCGGCCUCAUCUUCGUCAACCACUACGGGGGUGGCGGGGCUCCCCCGGGAGGCGGAUCGGGCCCGGCGGCGGCCGGAUCGCCCUCGCCUUCGCCCGUCGGUCCUAUCUGCUUGUCGGUGGCUAGCAUCCUGGCGCUCUUCUCGGUCGUGAUCACUUGGGUCAUCUGCUGGCUCAAGUAUCGGCCCGAGAGCGCGGCGGGGGGCUUGGCGGGAGGCACAGGGGGCGGCGGUUCGAGGGCGCGGGUGGCAGCCGGUGGAGCGAGGAGAAGUGACACGUAGCCUCCUCCCUCGACGACUCCCGCCUGUCCCCGCC